AUGUGGAAGAAAAAUAUCACCCAUAUUAGUGAGUUGAUCCUGGUGGGCUUCCCAACUUCCCCUUGGCUGCAGGUCCUACUUUUCCUCCUCUUCCUCAUCACCUACUUGUUUGUGCUGUUGGAAAACUUGGUCAUAAUCCUCACUGUAUGGGUCACUGGGUCCCUGCACAAGCCCAUGUACUAUUUUCUGGGGACCAUGUCCUUUCUGGAGACCUGGUAUAUAUCUGUCACAGUCCCCAAGAUGCUGACUGGGUUUCUACUUCGUCCCAAUACCAUAUCUUUCCUGGGAUGUAUGACUCAGCUCUAUUUCUUCAUCUCACUUGCCUGUACUGAAUGUGUGCUAUUGGCUGCCAUGGCCUAUGACCGUUAUGUGGCUAUAUGUUUGCCUCUUCGCUAUCCAGUCAUCAUGACCACAGGAUUUUGUGUUCAGCUGACCAUCAGUUCCUGGGUGAGUGGCUUCACUAUCUCCAUGGCAAAAGUAUAUUUUAUCUCCCAAGUUGCCUUCUGUGGCAAUAAUAUCUUGAACCAUUUUUUCUGUGAUGUGUCCCCUAUCCUCAAACUGGCCUGCACGGACUUUUCCAUGGCUGAGUUGGUGGACUUUGCAUUAGCCAUCAUCAUCCUUGUGUUUCCUCUCUCAGCCACUGUCCUCUCCUAUGUCUUCAUUGUCUCUACCAUCCUCCACAUUCCCUCGGCCACUGGGCAGUGGAAGGCCUUCUCUACCUGUGCCUCUCAUCUUACCGUGGUGGUCAUCUUCUACACAGCUGUGAUCUUCAUGUAUGUCCGACCUCGGGCUAUUACUUCAUUUAAUUCUAACAAAUUGAUCUCAGUCAUAUAUGCAGUCUUUACUCCCAUGCUCAAUCCUAUUAUCUACUGCCUGAGGAACAAGGAUGUCAAAGAUGCCAUCAGAAAAACCAUGGCAAGUGGCCGAUCCCUUUUCUUGAGAGAUUCUCUUUGCUGA